GGCCGCGAGCCGAGCGGAGGCCGCCGAGGAGCGCGAGCGCCGCCCGCCCCGCCGCCCCGCCGGCCGCUCCAGGGCCGGGCCGGCUCGGCCGGCGCCCCCCGCGCCCCCAGCCCGCCCGCCCCCGCGGGCCCGGCCUGGCGCGGCCGCCCGCCGCCGCGCUCCUCCUCCUCCUCCGGCGCCCCGCGGCCCGCCGCCUCCUCCGCCCGCCGCCCCGCGCCCCCGGCCGGGCCGCCGCCGCCGCCGCCCUCUGCGCCCCGCGGCGCCCCCCGGUCCCGCCCGCCAUGCCCGGCCCGGCCGCGGGCAGCAGGGCCCGGGUCUACGCCGAGGUGAACAGCCUGAGGAGCCGCGAGUACUGGGACUACGAGGCUCACGUCCCGAGCUGGGGUAAUCAAGAUGAUUACCAACUGGUUCGAAAACUUGGUCGGGGAAAGUAUAGUGAAGUAUUUGAGGCCAUUAACAUCACCAACAAUGAGAGAGUGGUUGUAAAAAUUCUCAAGCCAGUGAAGAAAAAGAAGAUAAAACGAGAGGUUAAGAUUCUGGAGAACCUUCGUGGUGGAACAAAUAUCAUUAAGCUGAUUGACACUGUGAAGGACCCUGUGUCAAAGACACCAGCUUUGGUAUUUGAAUAUAUCAAUAAUACAGAUUUUAAGCAACUGUACCAGAUCCUGACAGACUUUGAUAUCCGGUUUUAUAUGUAUGAACUACUUAAGGCUCUGGAUUACUGCCACAGCAAGGGAAUCAUGCACAGGGAUGUGAAACCUCACAAUGUCAUGAUAGAUCACCAACAGAAAAAGCUGCGGCUGAUAGACUGGGGUCUGGCGGAGUUCUAUCACCCGGCCCAGGAGUACAAUGUCCGCGUAGCCUCGAGGUACUUCAAGGGACCAGAGCUCCUUGUGGACUAUCAGAUGUAUGAUUAUAGCUUGGACAUGUGGAGUUUGGGCUGUAUGUUAGCGAGCAUGAUCUUUCGAAAGGAGCCCUUCUUCCAUGGACAGGACAACUAUGACCAGCUUGUUCGCAUUGCCAAGGUUCUGGGUACAGAUGAGCUGUAUGGGUACCUGAAGAAGUAUCACAUAGACCUGGAUCCACACUUCAACGAUAUCCUGGGACAACAUUCACGGAAACGCUGGGAGAACUUUAUCCAUAGUGAGAACAGACACCUCGUCAGCCCCGAGGCCCUAGACCUUCUGGACAAACUUCUGCGAUACGACCAUCAACAGAGACUGACUGCCAAAGAGGCCAUGGAGCACCCGUACUUUUACCCCGUGGUGAAGGAGCAGUCCCAGCCUUGUACAGACAAUGCUGUGCUUUCCAGUGGCCUCACCGCAGCCCGAUGAAGACGGGAAAGCCACGGGUAAUGCGGCGUUGAUGCUUGCCAGUAAAACCAACCAACCAAACACAAAUCGUGAAGGAGAACUACAGUGUGAUAAAAAGAAAUUCUAGUCAUUCCUUCUAAACAAAGAAGAGUAAAGACCUAAAAGUCUGUCAAAAAGAAAGAAACUCCCCAGUACUAGUCUGCAGGGAGCUGCCAUUCUGGCAGCGUGGUGGUGCACGUAGUUCGGGAUCUGAGGGAACUCUCCCUUUGGAAUGCCUGGGAGAUGAGAGACUCGGAGUUGUACAUUUCCCUUUAGUUAACAGGAGACCACUGUUGAAUUAACUCGUUCGGUCAGCCAGCUCUGAAUAUCUGACUUCCCAUCUAUUCCACUGUGGUCUGGGUUCCCUUUGGUGAGAUUCAGGCUCAAGUUUUAGCAAAACGUCAGCAGUCUGUACUGACACACCAGCCUCACUUACGAAAAGGAGAUAUUAAAAUAGUGACAGUAUUUUUUUUUUUAAGCUCUUAUACAAAUUCAUGUUUUACGUAUUUUUUUAUGACAUGAGCUCUCUAGGAAAUGUACCUCAUCCCUGUGGUUUUCUUCUCAGUGUCUUCAUUUGGGAGCAAACUGCAGUCACUCGCACGGAGUCCCUUUUGAUGUCAGGAGGCGUCACUUUAAACUUGGUGAUGCCGUGAACAGGUCCAUCUGUCUCAUCAACAGUCCCAUGCAUAACUCGGAGCUCACUCUAACCUUUGUUGAUUUGCCUAACCGUAAAAUCUUGUUGCUGUUUUUUUCGUGUAGCUUUUCUUUUUGCAGCCUUGUAAGGAAAACCCUACCUUUCCCAGCACAUCCCUGUGUGUGCAGCUAUUUUAAUGCACCUCUCUGAAACAAAAAGUUUUUGUUCACAACCAUAACUAAAGCUGGAAAGUCAGUUCAGGCAGGUCGGGGAGGGAGAAAAACAUCCUAUCAGAAUUUAUUCAGGAAAGACUUAUUGGGUGAAAAAAAUGUUCUCCCCCGCCUUUUGCCUCUCUUUAUCCCCAUUAGAAACAAUUCUUGCUGUUAUCAGAGUAAUCUGCAUUUUUAAGCUCUGAUAGGUAAUACGUAAGUGUGUUAGCAAAGAUAAGUCUCACGUGCGGGGACUGGAGUUGUGUGAGCAGGGCCACCCCAUAACCCAGGCAACUGAGGAGAGCAGUCUGCACGGGGCUUGGGGAAGGAAGUGGAGCUCCCGGGCAAGUAUCAAAGCUUGGGAUCCGUUGUGCUAGCCUUCACGUUAACAGAGGAAGCUAGCUUGUGUUUAAAAAAAUUAAAAAUAGGGCUGAUUUCAUUUUGGGGACUUGUCACCAACAUGGUUUGCAAGCAGUCCCCUCACCCCAGCUGCACAGCUGUGGGGACUUCACACACCUAGGCUAGAGCUAGAGAUGUCUACCACCAAGUCACACUUUAGGAUUUCUUCAUUAACUAUUUAAUAAUGCCAUACAUUUUUAUAAGGUUAGAUUGUUUGGAAACAUGUGUUUACAUUCCAUAUUCCAAUAAAAUCGUAUUGGUAUUGGUAGCAGGUCCUAUCUCUAAAUGUAGAUUCUAUUUUUGUCAUUUGGUUGGUGGGAACUUAAAAUGCAAAUAAAACUCUUAUUAUAGAGUUGAACUAUAAAGUUGAGCAGAUUAAAAAUUAAGAUCCCAAGGCCAGGAAAUGCAUUCAGUUAACUUCUCAUACCAAUAACUACCUGCCUGUCUUGCAUAUUCUGUAUAUUAACGUAUACAUUUGUUCUACUUGAAAAUCAAAGGCAAGACAUGAACUCUUGGCAGAACCUAUAUUGAUGUGUCAGGCAGCAAAACUCAGUGUUUUGGAUUAUCAAAAGCCUUCGAAUGUGCCCUUCUAUCAGAAUCCCAUCGAACUGUUGGAUGUUGUCAGGGAGAGGUGCCACUGUGUGUCUUUCCUGCCCCCUACCUCUCAUCUUCUCCUUUGUCUCCCACGUGUUUUUAUUUUUAAGUUAGCCGUCUGGGCCAGGCAGGGGGAGCCUGUUGGAGGGUCUUGGUGAAGUAGUAACCCUGUUUCUUUCCCUUGGGUCCCCCAGAGGCAGUAAAAGCAGCCGGAGGAGAAGAGUCAGGUGCCUUACUUCUGCCUCUCUCCCCUUUGGUCACAAUGUGGUUGGUGCAGACACAGCUCACCUGUCGGUCCGUGGGUUCUGUAACUGCCGCUUUGACACAGGAGUAGUUCUUCGUUUUUAUGCAUACAGUUUACUUUUCUACCAUAUAUAGUUUUUACCUCUGCUCACGCGUUAGACAUACACCAUAACUGAAUUUAAGAUGCUUACUCCUUUCUGAGUCCGGUCUUGACACCGAGCCUCCGGGCCUGUAGGGUUGAUUGAGGUGGUUCUUUCCCACACUAAAGCGAGUCUAGUCCAGACCUUUUCUCGUUUACCUAUCUCCAGAGCCAUUUUGUGUCCAGAUGGGCCUAGCUCCCCUGAAAUUUUAUAGAGUAUAUACCUGGGUUAGGAGAUGGUCUUGGAGAGUUCCAGAAGAGGGCUGAGAGUGUGUGUGAGAGAGAGAGAAUGUAUGUGUCUGAGAGUGGGAGUCUGGUCUUAUAUUUAGACGAAGCUGUGCUAGAUUUACCCACCCAGUAUCCUUUUCAGUUAGCAUGCUCUUUCUUUAAUUCAUCUCAGUAAUUCCCAUUAGACGUUUUGUUUGCUUCAGUACUUUAUAACUGGUUAAAAGUGCCUAUGAUAAGGACUUGUUUCCUAAAGAAAAGCAAAAAAACGUGGGGAACAGGGUAGUGUUACACUAUCAUCUCAGGUACUGCCUGUGUUCGAGAAUCUAGACCUGAUGUGAGAACAAAAGGUUCCUGUGCCAAACAGAGCAGUGUGUCAUAGUUCAUUGGCCACAAGUGAGCAUAGCUAGCCAGGUUUUACUUCAGCCGAGGAGUCUCUGGUGAGAGCGGAACCAAGAGAGGGCUGGGAGUUUCGUUGGUGGUUUGCUUGCAGUUUGCUCUGCUCGGCAUCGUAUCAGCUGGCCUGCUCCUGUCCUGUCCUGUCCUAGCCCCGUGGAGGUGACUGGCUGGGAGAAGCCAUCAGUGUAUAAUGCAGACCAAGCAUUCCUGGGUCUUCUCACCAAUUAGAGGAGUGUCAAUGCCCGUUCCGUGCGGCACUUAAACAUCAGUCUCUCCGCUGGGUCUCCUAACAGACGUUGUCUAACACGUCGGUACUCACGGGGCUCAAAGCAAGUGUAUUUCUUUGCUGAGGAGGAAGGUGCUCGCAGACUAAUUGAUUGGAGGAGAUGGAAGAGUGGCAAUCCUUGGGGGCUGAGAGAGGGGCUGUUGCAAGAAGAAAGGGAGCCAGUAAGGCAAACAGACGAAAGGGGGAGCUUGAGGAGGGAAUAUGACUUCUCGAGGGGAGAGGCUAGGGGACGUGAAAACUUGGAAUGGCACUGCCCCCUGGAUUGGUUCCAGCCGGACUGAAAGGUGGUGCUCUCCCGGUGGCUGCUGAGGCCCCGAGAGUUGGCGGCCGUGGGUCUCCGGCUGCGCCUACUCAGGGAAAUGACUUAGGUUCUCCCAGGUGCUGCACUGCUGAGGAUGGAAGCAAAAUUAUUUUGGGACACAAGCAACAGUUGGAAGGAUUUUUCUAUUGAAAUGGAUCUAAGAGAGCCAAGUUAACAGUUUCCUUUAAUGCUGGUUCAGAUUAAAUGAUUCAUUUAGUAACCUGUGUUACUGCAUGAGUACCCACAGGGAAAGGCAAACUUCCUUCCUGCAAAUAAAUAAGAGUAGAUAUAGCUAAUCAGAGUCAAGGUCAUUGAAAUAGAAACCCUUCCAAAAGCAAAAGCAGGGUCCACAUGAGCACACGAAAAGUCAAACUUUGUCAGUGAGCUUAAUAAAUCUUAAGACUGAAUAAUGUCCUGCCUUUGAAAACUAACCCCAGGGUGGGAACACAGGGGAGGGGAGGUGGCAGAGAAACGUCUGGCUAAGAAAACCAGUAAUAACAUACCUUUUUGAGCUAUGAGGAUGUGUUAAUGAAAACGACCCCAACGAGGUGUUCUAGAGGCUGGGGAAAGUGAUGUGAUGGGAUAUACAGGCGAUGUAUACUUUUGUGUAGAGUCUCACAAUGUGCUAAAAAUGUGAUGCUUAAUCCUGAACUGCAUGUAUUGGGGAUUGUUAAAAAAAGAAAACUUUCAUUGAAUCAAUAAAUUAACAGUUUUUCACUUG